GAACGGUGGAUCUACAUACGUACAAGUUGAUUGAUUGUUCUGACGACCAGUUUUGGUUUGUUGACGAGAAUUGGCCAUGGGCACUAACUAUUAGUAAGUUCCGUGGGCAAAAAUUGUCACUUCCGCAGUUUUCCUAAUAAGACUGGUACAAAUUCAAGUCUCGGUCACUCUGAAGAACAUCGCAACAAGAAACAAGACACAAAUUUCGAACAAGAACUUUUAAUAAGAACAAUAAGAAAGGACUAUUUAUAUAUACAAGUGCAUGAAAUAACAUAAAAAAAUGUGGAAAGUGUCUAUUGUAAUCGUUCUUGGAUUUUUUUUCGUUUUUGCUUCUGCACAACAGCAACAAUUUAAUUCCGCAUGCUUAGCUGGUUUCGAUAAAGCAUUUCGAAACUGCUUCCAAACAAAUGGAGGAUUCACCUUGGAUCUUGUAUUCUCUAUCAUAACGAAUGGAUCGAGUGGCCCUUUACCACAGAAUACCAAUAAAGAACAGCUCGUAAAGAAAGUUUGCAGUUCUCGUGAAUCUAUCGGGAAGUGUGUUGGGCCGAUUCCAGGAUCAUUGACCAGUCUAAAAUGUACUGACCAAGAGACUCAGAUGAUGCAGAAUACACUACAGAGUACAGGACGAGCUCUAGGUGGACUGUGCGAUGGGGAUGCCGGUGAAGGUCAAAUGCCUCCAUGUUUGGCUAAAUUUGAUAAGAAGUUCCGGGCCUGUAUGACAGGGAAGAAGAUAGUUGCUGAAAACUUUUUCAAAUUGUUGUCCAAUGUAUCAGACGGUACUGGAAUGACAAUGCAACAACUUAAGAACACCACAUGCAGUUCAGGUAUCCAACAGGUGAUUGUACAGUGUGCCUCUGGAACUCUCCAGUCACUUACUACAAACAAUGAGUGUACACAACAAGAGUCCUUCAUGGUCGGCCAGACGCUUCAAAACAUGAUGGCAACUUAUCAGAGCAUUUGCACAGGAAAACCUAUCAUUGGACCAGGAGGGGCACCAUCCGAAUGUAUCAUAAAAUUUGAAACAGAUUUAAACCAAUGUUCUAUGGAUGAAAUGAAGAUUCCAGUACCAGAUUUAAUGAUGCUGCUGACAAAAGGACAAGUUCCUCAAGGACAAGAUAUGUCACAACUUAAUCAAACCAUUUGCAAAAAUUUCCAAAAGUUUGAAUUAUGCGGUAAAAGUGCUGUAGCUAACAGUGGUUGUAAACAGAGAGAUCUACUUAUAACCGAAGGAACUUUUGCUAACAUGGUCAUAACUGUUGGCUCAUACUGCCAUGAUACCUCUGUACCAGGAGCAUGUAUGCUCACACUGCAGCAGCAAUUCAAGAAGUGUUUUGCAGAAAAUGGGGUUGAUGCAAAAAAGUAUUUCCAGAGUGUGUCCCAACAUAAAGGUGCUCUUCUGGGAACAUCUCAGGCUGAGGCAGAGGAAUAUUGCAGCAAACGCCACGCACUGUACAUUUGCAUGAGCAAAGUUAUACACCAAUGCCCUGGAGCUGAGCAGACGAUGUCUAUGACAGGAUUUGAUCUCGCCGCCAUGGAACGUGCCGUAGGAAUGCUGUGCGCAGAUAUUCCAGAAUACCUGUUAGGUCUGAAGUGUUUUGAAAAACCAACAGAAAAGGCCAGUACAUGUACAUCCGACAUGGCUAAAGGUAUUACCAGCAUAUCAGCCAAACAAAUGAAGAACGGCCUGUCUAUGGAAGGAUUUUUUAAUGAUUUUUGCGAUGUCCGUGUAAAGCAAGUACAGUGUGAUGCCAGUGCAUGGCCAACAUGUGAUCCUAAAGCAGUUUUAUUAAAAAGAAAAUUCGAAUGUCACAUGCUUCCAACCAGAUGUCACGAGGUCAAUGAAGACGAAAUCCGCCAAAUCUGCCCAGAAGAAGCCAUUUUGCAAGCAGACAAGUGUGUAAUGGACGUCAAACAGAACAUCAAGAUGUGUCUGGACGACUAUAACAUUGAUCCUGAUAUGUUCCUUGUUAAUAUAACUCAUGACAGAACUAAAAUCCUUGGAUCCAGAAACCUAGCUCAGAAAUUCUGCCAAAACAGACAACAGGUGUACAAAUGUAUUAGAGACACUAUCAGCAACUGUCCCGGUGCAAAAGAGAAACUGAGCAGAUGGGGUCAUCAACAGAAUCUUCUUGAAGACGCUCUUAACAUCGUGUGUUCUGAUCUUAAUGUUUAUGCCCAGGGUGUUACUUGUAUGCCUGACAGUGCUAUUCAGUCAUGUGUAAAACAGUCCGAAGACCGAUUAGGAACAUUCUACAGUAAAGCCGACAAAAUGUCAAAUGGCGAAUAUUUCAGAAACUUUUGCGAAGUAAAACUUGACCAUAUGCAAUGCGAUAUCAACGCCAUGAGACAACAGUGCAGUGAUGCUGCUAUUGGUCUAAAAACAGAAUUUGAAUGUAAACUGAUUCAAGAUAGAUGUAUUGGUUUAAAGCGAAAAGCAAUCAAUAAUAUAUGUAAUGAAAAUAGCUACAACAGAGUCAGCAGACAAUCUGCAUCAACUAAUAACAUUGGACAAACAGGCGGAAAUGCUGCAGAUAAUGGUGCAACAUCAAUGUCCGUCACAUCUGCUAUAAGUGCAUUAGGAGCAUCUUUAUUUGCAACAGUAUUUUUAUUAUUGUAAAAAGUAGAAGAAAUGUGUCAAUCGGUGCAGAGUUCAUAUCCGUUCCGUUCCAUACUACGUAAUACUACACUAAAUCCAUGUGGAAUAUUGCGGAGCAUGGAUAAGGACUAUGCGCCGAAGAUUGGAAGCGCCUAUGUGAUCUUGAUUUUUUGAAACAAUGAACUUGUCUACAAAUGUAAAGUAAAACAGGGCAGUGCUAAUAUUCGCUCUGUUUCUGCUGAUAUUGUUAUGGAUUUCUACAAAGAAUAUGUGUGUGAUUUGUCUGUUAGAGUGCUUGUAAUCGAAGAGAAACUAAGUAAACGAGAAUUAAACGAGAGUGUGUGUGUACGUGUGUGUAUUGAAACUGUGUAUGAAUGGUGGUUUUUUUUUGCUUUGGGAAAUGCAUAAGAAAAAAAUCAGGUAGAUAUAAAAAGAUUUUUAGAUGCCACGCCUUGCCUUUUGAUUACUGAACCCAGAUCUCCUUUGCAGUGGUCGAAUGAUGACUUAUAUGAUUGAAAUAUAGUCUGAAUGACAUACUCGUAGAUCGCUUUUGAAAAUGUAUAAUUUAUUUAAUUUAACUGGUUUAUUUAUUUAUUUAUUAUUGUUUGAUAUUGCACUUGUUUUACACAAAAUAUGUCUUGUUGAGUCUCAAUAAAACAAAAAUAGAA